GCAGCAAGUGAUAGACGGUUAAAGUAAUGCAUCAAGGUCUUUUCUGCUUCACUGUUCGAUCUGCAUCUCUUUCUCUUCCUCCAUCCUCCUCUUUCCUCCGUUUACAUACUGCAGGGCAUCACUGUAGAACGUUAAGCUUCAUACCAAGAUACACUCUCAUGGAUGCUGGAAAUUCGCCCCUAAUCGCCAAAAACUCGCUUGCCCAAUUCCGCUAUUGCAAUGUCUCCGGCUUUAAGACGGAAUUGAUAGAGAUUCGCGCAAACAAGCCUACAUUGCAUAUUCUCUUCAUCCCUGGAAAUCCAGGUGUUGUCUCAUUUUAUACUGAUUUUCUUGAAUACCUAUAUGAACUAUUAAGAGGAACUACAUCUAUAACAGCUAUCAGCCACAUCUCCCACUCAGGAAAGAACUGGGAGCAUGGAAGAUUAUUCUCGCUGGAAGAACAAAUUAAUCACAAGCUGGAUUUCAUAAAAAAUGAACUUCAAGAUAAUGAAGUCCCAUUGCUUUUGCUUGGUCACUCCAUUGGUUCAUACAUUUCCAUUGAAAUGUUUCGGAGAUCACCAGAAAAGGUGACUUAUUGUAUUGGGCUGUAUCCUUUUCUCGCUGUAGAUCCAAAAUCUGCACAGCAGUCUGCCAUUAAGAAGAUUGUAGAGUACAAAUUCUUUCCUAUAAACAGUACAUAUUUUAUUUUCAGGUCUCCAAUAAUGUGCAGUUUAGUAAGUUCUCUGGUGGCCUUUAUUGGGUUACUGCCAAGACGGGCAUCUAAGUUUCUCAUCUUAAAGUCUAUUGGAAGGUCUUGGUCAUCCACUGCUAUUGAGGCCCUCUGUAAUCAUUUGCUUCAGUAUCAUACAGUUCGAAAUGUGCUCUUUUUGGCCAUGACAGAGUUUCAAAAGCUUUCAGAAGAACCGGAUUGGGAAUUUAUGAAACGAAAGCAAAGACAGCUUGCAUUUUUAUUUGGUGCUGAUGAUCAUUGGGGUCCAUUGCACUUACUUGAUGAGAUUUCUAAGCAUGUCCCAGGUGCGGCAGUUGCGGUUGAAAGGGAGGGCCAUACUCAUGCUUUCUCAUGCACGAAAGCGGGAUCAUUGUGGGUAGCUCAGCAUGUAGCAAGCUAUAUUGUCAAAUUUCAAGGUAAACAGACUUCAGAUUAGUUGGGUCCCAUAAUUUGCACUUUGGCUAGCUUUCUUAAGAAUUAAGAUGGAUUUUUAUGUAAGGAUGACACUAUUCAUUCUUGAUUAAUUAUAUAUACUAUUAUAUAAUAUAACAUAAGUUGGGCAAUUCAUAGAAUAAUUCGUUAAUUGUAAAAAUGUUAAAUAUACUAAUUUUCAAUCACAUACUGCUCUUUAUUUGUUUACUUGAA